AUGGAUGGUCCAUUAUGUAGUCGCUUCUACAUUGCAUGUAGAGAUGGUGAUUUAGUAACUGCAGAAAAUGAAUUAUCAAAGCUGAAGCCAAGUGAAAUCUCUCGUCUAGAACCAAACGGAAGUACUGCUCUACAUGCAGCUGCUUAUUAUGGUCAUACAGAAAUUGUUCGUCUGUUUGUUCGACGUUGUUGUUCCAGAUCAAUAAGAAACAAAUACGGUCUCACUCCAUAUGAAGAAGCGAAAACUGACGAAAUUGGAGAACUUUUGAAAAGGCAUAGUGGAACAAAACGGUAUGAUAAGAAAACUAUACCGUUAGAAUGGAUAAGUGAUAACUUUGACGGUAUUUGGAAAAACUUGCUACAUCCUGGCCGCCUUUUUGAAUGUGGCGAUGAUUCCCCAGAGAAAAUCAAAGCACGUCAGGAUUGUGUCGUGCGAUGGUUAGAAGAGCAUUUAACAGAUAAGGAGGAAUUGGAGCUGAUAACUUCUUGGUUUAAACUCGCAUUUGAGAAUAAUUCAGCAGAAUAUUUAAUAAGAGCUUAUACUGAAGAAACAGACUUUUUUAGGAAAUUGAAUCAGGAUUUAGCAAACAUAGAUAUAAAUAAAGAACUGUCAGAUCCUGAAAUGUGUGCACCGUUGAUUAUUGCACGGACUCUCUUUCGAUGCGCAUACUAUGCACGAGACGCCGAUAAUUGCGUGGAAAUUUAUUUGUAUCGAGCAGUUAAAUAUGACGAAAAAGAAAUUAGUAAAUAUAAAGAACAUAUUACAAAGGGCCCUAUUAAGACGAAAACAUUCUGGUCGACCUCAAAAUCUCGGAAAGAAGCAGAGAACAUGAAUAAGGAUUACAAUACUAUGCUUCUAUUAAAGUCGAGAGAUCCUGACAGUCGUAGAACUCUUGAUAUAGCAAAACUAUCUUCCUACGUAUGUGAAGAGGAAGUACUUAUAGUACCUUUGACUUACAUGCAGAUAACAUCUGUAAAGAAGAAAGGGAAUAAACAUGAAAUACAGAUAGUCUAUUGGGAUUGGUAA